ACUCGGCGGCGCUAUUGAGGCUUCCACGUAUCUGGUAACAUCAUAGAAGAAGUUGGGGACGAUCAUGGCGACGUCCAUCUGUAGGACGUUAAAAUUUCUUAAUCAGUCGACAUGUAACAGUUUAAAGGCUGUCGCACCCUUGCUGGACGUGCAGUUCCCCCAGUCUGUGGUGAUUCCUAUCCGGACAAAGAAGCGGUACUUCAUCCCACCCGCAGUGGGCCUGAAGGAGAAGAGCCAUGCAGAGCAGGAGGCAAAGGCACGGGCUGCAGGUGUGGUCAUCAGGCAGGAGUACAUGGAGAGAGCCAUCAACGUUGCAUGCACAGCUGGAAUCGUUGAUCCGUACGUCCCUCCCGAGGGCGAUGCUCGGCUUUCCACUUUGUCCAAAGAGGGCCUGAAACAGCGCGCAGAGCAGCUGCGACAGAGUGCUGCCUCACAGUUGGCGAUACGUAAAAUAAAGGAUCACGAUUCGGAGUUUUCUUCUAAGGACUUUGCUGUGCGAGCUCAGGAAAUCUUUAUUGAGGCUCAUUUGGCCCUGACCCAGUUUAACAAAGAGAAACUCCAUUCUUUGGUCACAGAAAGGUGUUACCCCGAAAUGGUUCGAGGCAACCGGUAUAAAACGCUGCGCUGGCGCUUUAUUGAGUCAUUGGAGCCGCCACGGGUGGUUCAUGCCCGAUGCCCUGACAUGGUCAGCAAAGGCAAUCUGUAUGGUCAAGUGACAGUCCGCAUGCACUCCAAACAGACACUGGCAAUCUAUGACCGAUUUGGCCGGUUAAUGCUGGGAAAUGAGGAGGAACCCAGAGAUGUUUUGGAGUACCUGGUAAUGGAGAGGCACCUGGUCAACCCCUAUGGCCGCUGGAGGCUACAUGGCAAGAUUGUGCCUGCCUGGGCUCCACCUAAAGACCCCAUCAUUAAGACUGUUAUGAUCCCAGGACCCAAGCUUAGGCCGGAUGAGGAGUUUGAUAGUCUCAAUUAUGAGGUACCCAAGCCCAUUGCAGUGCAGUGGCACAAAUAAUCCAGAGGGUGGCGCAUCAAUCCCCUAUGUCCAGGCUCAGUAUUGACUUUUGAAAUAAACUAUUUCCACUAAAUAUCAAA